UUUUCCCCUUCUUCCCUUUUACAUUAUUAAAUUAUGUUGACCAUUUCAACUUUGACACCUAAUGAGUUUCGCAUUAAUAUUAAAGUAAAAGUGAUUGAACUGCUUAUUACAUUAGAAACAAAGCAUGAAAAAUCUAAUUCUAUGAUUAUAAUUCACGAGUAUUUAGUAGGAGAUGAAUCAGGCUGCAUAAUCUUGAAUACAAAACAAGAAUUAAAAAUAGAUUCAACAUAUACUAUAAAGAACGGUUAUACAGAAACAAUAGAAGGUUAUUUAAGACUUUAUGCUGAACAUUUGGAACCAACAACAGCAUCACUUUGCAUAAAUGUUAAUAAUAAUCGUUCCUUUGUUCAUUUGGAACGAGAUAUUAAAUUGUAACUUUAUUCACUUUAUCCAUUUUAUCUACUUCUGUCUGUACAAGAUCUCUUGAACUUUUUAACACUUUAUGCAAUUGAAGUACAAGUAUAAUUUUAUUAUUGCCUUCUUGUCCAAUAAAUUGUCGAGGUUCAGGUAAACCUUUCGCAAUAUCUAUCAAUACCAACGAAAUAAAUUUUACUGUAUAUACUAUAUGUUUAUGAAUAUAUAUGUAUAUUUUUACCGUCAAAUGCAUUUAAUAUCUGUGGUCCAAAGUGUGGAAAGGCUCUAGCAAGAUGAACAAAGCCAGGUAUAGCUUUUAUCAAAUAUUCUGAGGGAACACAUGUAGUUGAUGGUUGACCUUCUCGAGUCACAGGAAAAGCAAUUCUUAGUAAACGUGGUAAAACAUGUUUUUCUGCCAUUAACAAGCUAUUGUUUUUUUUUUAAAGAGAAAAAAAA